UCGAAGAAACUGAGUUGGGUCUCAUGGAGAAGCCUCGGGGCGUUGAGGAGACUCCAUCUUCAGAACCAAUGGAGGAAGAAGAGGAAGAUGACGACUUGGAGCUGUUUGGUGGCUAUGAUAGUUUCCGAAGUUAUAACAGCAGCGUGGGCAGUGAGAGCAGCUCCUAUUUGGAGGAGUCAAGUGAAGCAGAAAAUGAGGAUCGGGAAGCAGGGGAGCUGCCCACCUCCCCCCUGCAUUUGCUCAGCCCUGGGACUCCCCGCUCCUUGGAUGGCAGUGGUUCUGAGCCAGCUGUUUGUGAGAUGUGUGGUAUCGUGGGCACAAGGGAAGCCUUCUUCUCCAAGACCAAGAGGUUCUGCAGCGUCUCCUGUUCCAGGAGCUACUCCUCCAACUCCAAGAAAGCCAGUAUCUUGGCUAGAUUACAGGGAAAACCACCUACCAAGAAAGCCAAAGUCCUGCACAAGGCAGCCUGGUCUGCCAAGAUUGGGGCCUUCCUCCACUCCCAAGGGACAGGACAGCUGGCAGAUGGGACACCAACAGGGCAAGAUGCUCUGGUCUUAGGCUUUGACUGGGGGAAGUUCCUGAAGGAUCACAGUUACAAGGCCGCUCCUGUCAGCUGUUUUAAACACGUCCCCCUCUAUGACCAGUGGGAGGAUGUGAUGAAGGGCAUGAAGGUGGAGGUGCUCAACAGUGACGCCGUGCUCCCCAGCCGGGUGUACUGGAUCGCCUCUGUCAUCCAGGCAGCAGGGUAUCGAGUGCUGCUCCGGUAUGAAGGCUUUGAAAAUGACACCAGCCAUGACUUCUGGUGCAACCUGGGAACUGUGGAUGUCCACCCCAUUGGCUGGUGUGCCAUCAACAGCAAGAUCCUGGUGCCCCCUCGGACCAUCCAUGCCAAGUUCACUGACUGGAAGGGCUACCUCAUGAAGCGGUUGGUGGGUUCCAGGACGCUUCCUGUGGAUUUCCAUAUCAAGAUGGUGGAGAGCAUGAAGUACCCCUUUCGGCAGGGUAUGCGACUGGAGGUGGUGGACAAGUCCCAAGUGUCACGGACACGCAUGGCUGUUGUGGACACGGUAAUCGGGGGUCGCCUACGGCUCCUCUACGAGGAUGGCGACAGUGACGAUGACUUCUGGUGCCAUAUGUGGAGCCCCCUGAUCCACCCAGUGGGUUGGUCACGGCGUGUUGGCCAUGGCAUCAAGAUGUCAGAGAGGCGAAGCGACAUGGCCCAUCACCCGACCUUCCGGAAAAUCUACUGUGAUGCCGUUCCUUACCUUUUCAAGAAGGUACGAGCUGUCUACACAGAAGGCGGUUGGUUUGAGGAGGGGAUGAAGCUGGAAGCCAUUGACCCCCUGAAUCUGGGCAACAUCUGCGUGGCAACCAUCUGCAAGGUUCUCCUGGACGGCUACCUGAUGAUCUGUGUGGAUGGGGGGCCCUCCACAGAUGGCUCAGACUGGUUCUGUUACCACGCCUCCUCCCAUGCCAUCUUCCCAGCCACCUUCUGCCAAAAGAAUGACAUUGAGCUCACACCACCAAAAGGGUACGAGACACAGACUUUCAACUGGGAGACGUACUUGGAGAAGACUAAGUCAAAAGCAGCUCCGUCAAGACUCUUUAACAUGGACUGUCCCAACCAUGGCUUCAGGGUGGGCAUGAAGCUGGAGGCCGUGGACCUGAUGGAGCCCCGGCUCAUCUGUGUGGCCACGGUGAAACGGGUGGUGCAUCGGCUCCUCAGUAUACACUUUGAUGGCUGGGACAGCGAGUAUGACCAGUGGGUGGACUGCGAGUCCCCGGACAUCUACCCUGUUGGCUGGUGUGAGCUCACCGGCUACCAGCUCCAGCCACCCGUGGCCGCAGAACCGGCCACACCUCUGAAGGCCAAAGAGGCCACAAAGAAGAAAAAGAAACAGUUUGGGAAGAAAAGAAAAAGAAUCCCACUGACCAAGAUCCGGCCCCUCAGACAGGGGUCCAAGAAGCCCCUGCUGGAACACGACCCGCAGGCUGCGGGGAAGAUCUCGGAGCCCGUUCCUGAUGAGAUCAUUGCUGUGCGCGUGAAGGAAGAACAUCUAGACAUGGCCUCGCUUGACAAGGGUCCAAGUCCAGAGCUGCCUGUUCCCAUUGAGAACAUCAAGCAGGAGACAGACGACUGAGCCUUCCCACUGCUGCCAGCCUGGCCCCUAGCUGGAGGCCAGCCACGGGCUGUGGAGCGGAGGGGAGGCCCCCAGGCUUCUCUGUUGCCACCAUCCCUCCCCCUACUUUAGUUUGGAGACUGAGCCUUUUUGAUAAAUUAUGCCUGGUGCUGUGAAGGCUGGGCUCUGAAGGACCAGCCUAGGGUUUUCUUUGACCCGCCUUGUGCCUCUGCUCCCCUUUGGCAAGGCAUUAUGUGACUGGGGCUGCCUGUGGCCCCCAAACUUGUCUGUGAACAGCCUCUUCUCCAACCUGAGUUCCCGGAGGUGGAACCCUGGCUUCUGGGCUGUCUGCUCUUGCUUACCUCCCUCCACACCCCUCAAGUGCCAGGGGUGAGCGCUGCCCCAGUUACACUGGAAGACAAGACAAUUAGUGGACUGUGUGUGUGUGUGUCUGUGUGUGUGCACGUGCGUCCCCCCACCCCCCAAGUGAGUCAAUGUAAAUAAAGUUCUGGAGCAGCUCUCUGAGCAGUA